AUGAAUAGAAUCACCAGAACCCACAUGUCCUCCCCCAUGUACUUCCCUAGCAUGGGUACAGCCCCUUUCUUUAAGGUGACUGUGUUCGACAGGGAGCAUUUCCAGGGCAAGUGUCUGGAGUUCACCUCCGAGUGUUGCAACAUCCACGAGUGCGGCCUGGACAACAUCCGUUCCGUCCGAGUGGAGAGUGGAGCUUGGGUUGGUUUCGAGCACCAUGACUUCCAGGGCCAGCAGUUCAUCCUGGAGAGAGGAGAGUACCCCAACUGGGCGGCCUACAGCGGCUCCCUGUCCUACCACACAGAGCGCUUCAUGUCCUUCCGCCCCGUCUACUGCGCUUCUCACCAAAGCAGCCGUAUGAUGAUCUUCGAGAAGGAGAACUUCAUGGGCCGCUGCACCGAGCUGAGCGACGACUACCCCUCCCUGCAGGCCAUGGGAUGGUUCAAGCCUGAGGUGGAGUCCAUGCAUGUGCAGUGUGGAGCCUUUGUGUGCUACGAGUACCCCGGCUACAGAGGCCAGCAGUACAUCAUGGAGUGUGAGAGACACAGCGGAGACUACCAGCACUGGAAGAACUGGGGCUCUCACUGCCAGACUCCAAAGAUCCAGUCCAUCAGGCGCAUCAGGCACUAA